ACCCCUCAGCCGUUGCCCACCGCCGUCCGCCAUGCUGAAUUCCAGGUUAUAGGUUCUAGCCCUUCCCGUCGCGUCUCCUACUGCCAGAGCAUAGUGGAUAAAGUAGAGACAAAUCCACCAAACGAAGCCCCGAAGAUGAGGGCGGCGAUGAAGGGUGCUACUGUUGGUCACAAGCUCAGCCCUCGGUGA